AUUAGACGUGGGAACUUCACCUAUGAAGAAGAGGCCACCAUUAUCAAGUUGCAUCAAGCUUUAGGAAACAGAUGGUCGGCAAUUGCUGCAAGAUUGCCCGGACGAACAGAUAACGAGAUUAAAAACAUAUGGAACACUCGUCUGAAGAAGAGAUUAGACAAAGGGUACGAUGGUCCUUCCAAGGAAGUUGGCUCAGGAAUUGACGAAAGCAACGGAGCCGCCUCCUUCAUCGGCUUUGCUGCUCCGCCCGGCCCCUAUCCUGCCGCCGCCAACUUUCAUGCCAAUUCAUCGUCGACGACUACCGCGAUGUCAAAUGACAAUCCUGCCCCUAACAAUAACAUCACCAGCGCCGCACAAGGCGAUCCGUUGGACACGUUGGAAUUGCUGGAGGGCAGUGAUUACUAUUUCCCAGUUUACAAUAAUGCUUCUAUGAUAAACGCCUUCACGGCCGCACAAAUUGGCGGCGAAGAAGCUGGGGUGUUUGAUUUCAAUUAUGGGGCACCGCCGCCGUCCCUUAAUCCAGCCAAAAAUGAAGACGGUGGCAUGAAUUUAAGCAUUAGCUUUUGGCAAGAUCUCCUAAAC